AGAGUGAGUUUUGUCAGACGUGAUACUGAAGAAACAGCUUCCAUCGGACGACUGUAGGAAGAAAUAACUCCUAACAUCAUGACCCAAAGGUGUGUCCCUCCGUCAGUCAGGCCCACUGUGUUCCUGAUUCUCAUGCUAAUGCCAGCGGUUGGCGGUGCCUUCCUGGUGAACUGCUCUGAGCCGAACCAACCCGCCUUGCUGGACGCUCUGCGUCCGAUCUUUAACCUGAGCUCCAUACGACCCGUCAUGAACAUGACAACCUGCACCAACAUCAGCACACACUUCACCAUGUAUGGGAUACUCGGAGUGGAAGAAAAGGCUCAACUCUUGAUUACUUACCUUUGGCUAACUUCUUGGUGGAUGAACGAGCAUGUCAGCUGGGACCCAAUCCAAUGUGGCACUGACUCGAUUUCUCUUCCCAGAAACCUGUUUUGGACGCCAGAUAUUGUCAUCAACGAAUUCAUGGAUGAAAACACAGCCCCCUUUGUCCCAUACGUGUACCUGUUUAGCAAUGGCAGAGUGCACGAUGCUCAGCCGGUCAGAGUUGUCAGCUCCUGUAACCUUGACAUCUACACUUUCCCCUUCGAUAUUCAGAACUGCUCUAUGACUUUCAACUCCUACAUCCACUAUGCGCGGGACAUAAAGAUUUUCCCGGGGAGAGAUGGAGAUGAAAUAACAACAUUUUCCAAGGAGGUGAUGACCACCAUGGGGGAAUGGGAGCUGCUGGAUAUCACCUCCCACAAAUACGUCCCAGAUGUUUCUGAUGAUUACAUUGAUGAACUCAUAUUUCAUGUCCGAGUGAGGCGGCGUGCCACCCUCUAUGUGGUGAACCUCCUGAUCCCCAGCUGCUUCCUCAUCACAGUGGACCUCUUCAGCUUCCUGCUGCCUCCUCAGAACGUGGAUCGCUCCUCCUUCAAGAUGACCCUCAUCCUGGGCUACACCGUCUUCCUGCUCAUCAUGAACGACCUGCUGCCCAUCACUGGAAACACCAUACCGCUCAUAAAUGUGUUCUUCUCUGUCUGCCUGGCUCUGAUGGUGGCCAGUCUGCUGGAGACCAUCCUCAUCACCAACCUGCUCUGUGGCUCAGCUGACUUUUCUCCUGUCCCUCGCUGGGUCCAAGUGCUUGUUCUGGAAAUUCUGGGCCGUCUCGUUUGCCUCCGUCAGUGGACGAAAGAACCAAGAGAUUCAGAAAUGAAACCAAACGCGGCACAGCAAAAACCUGAUGAUGAGCUUUCAGCGGAGAUUGGGACGGUGGUGGGGGGCGGGGCCCUUCAGGAGCUGAGGAGCCUGGGUAAGAACCUCCAGGCCAUCCGCCUGCAGGUGGAGCAGCAGCUGCGUGGAAGCAAAGGCCGGGAGGACUGGAUCCAGUGCUGCCCGCUGCAAGUCAAGCCUGCUAAGGUUCUUUUCAUCUUCCUCAUCUCUGUGCUCAUGCAUGCUCCCUGUGGUUCUGUCAUGCUAAACUGCUCUCAACCUGACCCGCCUUCCCUGCUGUCGGCUCUCGAACCCGCCUUUAACCUCAGCUUCAUCCGACCCGUCGUGAAUAUGUCAACGCCCACCACCGUGGGCAUUGGAUUCACCCUUUAUGCCAUUAUGGGGGUGGAUGAAAAGGCCCAAGUGCUGAAAACAUUCAUAUGGCAAAGUUUAAGAUGGAGGAACGAGUUUAUCAGCUGGGACGCAGAACAGUGCGGAUCCAAAUCGAUUUCAAUUCCAAGGAAUCUGCUGUGGGUACCAGAUAUAGUCAUAAAUGAAUUUAUGGAGAAGAACUCGGCUCCGUUCGUCCCGUACAGUUAUCUGUUGUCUGACGGCUUAGUGAUCGACGAACAGCCGGUCAAAGUGAUCAGCUCCUGUAGGCUCAACAUCUACACCUUUCCGUUUGACGUCCAGACCUGCAGUUUAACCUUCAACUCCUACCUGCACGUUGCAAAGGCUCUGCAGAUGAACCUGUCACUUAGUGCAGCAGACAUAUUGCAAAACUCUAAAGAGGCGAUGACGACUAUGGGUGAGUGGGAGCUCGUGGGACUCACAUCGUCGUCAGUCUUUCUACCAGCUAUGGAUGACGAAAUGUACCAAGAGAUGCGCUUCUUUGUCCGAGUGAGGCGGCGUGCCACCCUCUAUGUGGUGAACCUCCUGAUCCCCAGCUGCUUCCUCAUCACAGUGGACCUCUUCAGCUUCCUGCUGCCUCCUCAGAACGUGGACCGCUCCUUGUUCAAGAUGACCCUCAUCCUGGGCUACACCGUCUUCCUGCUCAUCAUGAACGACCUGCUGCCCACCACCGGGGACACCAUACCGCUCAUAAAUGUGUUCCUGUGUCUGUGCCUGUCUCUGAUGGUGGCUAGUCUACUAGAGACCAUCAUCAUCACAAACCUGCUGUGCGGCUCCCUUGGCUACUCUCCCGUCCCGCGCUGGAUCCGAGUGGUUGUUCUUUCCAUCCUGGGUCGCAUGGUACGGCUUCCUCCCAAGCCCGCAGAUCCAGAGGACACAGUCAUCCAAAAUCCUGCCGCGCAAGAAGUGAAGGUCUUUUCUCUGGCGGCGGCGGACGGUGAGGUUUCACAACAGAAAGGGCCGCUGGAUGAGGACAAGGCCCGGAAGGAGCUGAGGAGCAUAGGCAGGGACCUUCUGGCCAUCCGCCUUCAGGUGAAGGAACAGCUGGGGAAAAGCCAGAGCUCAGAGGAGUGGAUCCAGGUAGGAUUCAUCAUCGACCGCCUGCUGUUCUGCUUCUACGUCCUCUUCAUAUCAGUCAGCUUCAUUACCAUCAUCAUUAUCUGGAUCAAGUCAACCAACAUAUCCUGAUUUUGCUUUGCUUUGACUGAACGUGUUUUCUCAAAGUCAUUGUCAAUUACUACCACUAAGCAUAAAAUAAUUGUGUAAUUAAACUCCUGUGGACUUCUACCCUGCAUUGUCUCGCAAACCAGAUUUUAAUCCUUAACAAUUCCAAGAAUUCUUGUCAAAAUUCAUGUUUUUUUUUCCUGUAAUGUGAUGCAUUAAGACACAAUACAAAAUAUUCUAAAUGUAAACUGCUCCGGUUCCUUCUUUGCAUUCAUUUUGAUAUGGACGGGAAGUUGCGCACCUUCCAUUUUGUCCGACCAAGGGGGAAGAAAUUCAUUUUGACAGUAAUAAAACAAGCAGCUGUGGUCUUUCUGGAAAAAAAACAUCUCUUGUGUGUGUCUUCUAAUGUGUAAAACCAAAUAUGAUUUUUCACCUCUAGUGGGGAUGAUGGUGUUUUCCAAGCGUGUCAUAUUUUGUUAAUUAAAUAAAGGUUCAAUUCAUUUA